AUCAAAAGCAACGCUACGUUCAUUACCAUUUUACGUGACAGUGUGUUUAUUUGUAUCUUUUCACUAAGUAGAACGGUUUCUGAAUUUUUAUAAAAUUCGAAUAAUUAUAUUAAAUUAUGACAACAGAAGAAGCUUUCGAACAGAUUGCAUUGUCACAGUUCGAGGAUGAAGAGGCCGAAAUUCCGAUUGGUGGAACUUUACCCGGCGGUAGAAAACGAUUAUUUUCGAAGGAAUUACGUUGUAUGAUGUAUGGUUUUGGUGACGAUCAAAAUCCUUAUACAGAGAGUGUAGAUUUAUUAGAAGAUCUCGUUAUUGAAUUCAUCACUGAAAUGACACAUAGAGCGAUGGAAAUUGGCCGAACCGGUCGUGUUCAAGUAGAAGAUAUCGUAUUUUUAGUUAGAAAAGAUCCAAGGAAAUAUGCAAGAGUUAAAGAUCUUCUGACAAUGAAUGAAGAAUUAAAGAAAGCUAGAAAAGCAUUCGAUGAAGUUAAAUAUGCAGAAUAACAUGAGAGACUCCUACACCGUGGUAUGAAGAGCCACACAGCCCUAAAGGUAUUUUGUGCGCACAG